AUGACGAAUAGUGGAAUGAAAGGCUGUUUACCGGACGAAAUCGGGAAUUUGGAUAAGGUGACAGUUUUUGAUGUUAGUUUUAAUGAGUUUGUUGGUGAAUUGCCUGACUCUAUUGGUAAAAUGAAGAGUUUGGAAGAGUUGAAUGUGGCGCAUAAUCGAUUUUCUGGUGUGGUUCCGGAGAGUAUAUGUAGGUUGCCAAGGUUGGAGAAUUUUACUUAUUCUUAUAAUUUCUUUAGUGGUGAAUCGGAAAGUUGUGUUAAGUUGGGUAAUGGUAAUCAUAAGGAUGAUAAGAAGAAUUGUAUUCCUUAUAGGCCUUUGCAAAGGUCUAUUUAUGAAUGUCAAGUUUUUUAUGAACAUCCUCUUCAUUGUACUGGUGUUGGUUGUUCUUUUACAACUCUGUCACCUCCUCCUCCGCCACCUCCUCCACCGCCACCUCCUCCGCCACCACCUCCACCACCGCCACCUCCACCUCCUCCACCACCACCUCCCCCACCUCCACCACCUCCCCCUCCUCCUCCGCCACCACCUCCCCCACCGCCACCUCCUCCUCCACCGCCACCGCCUCCCCCUCCUCCUCCGCCACCACCUCCCCCACCGCCACCUCCUCCACCUCCCCCUCCUCCAGUAGCUUACUACCAUUAUCUCUAA